ACUUCUCCAAUGAACUUCACUGUGUGAGCACAAACUUCUUGGAGCAGCAGACGCCAACAUUUUCCAAACAAAUCUUUACAAGAAAGAAGAAAUUUUCACUGAACAUCUUUGGAUCCCAGACAGACUUUGUAUUUUUCUACACAAAGAGCACUGAGAUGUACAUCAGGCAAGAAACUGAACAGCAUGUGGAGUGGAUGGAGAGGGAAGGGUGUCACUCCAACCUUGAGGAUAUUUUACUCAACCUGUUGGAGCAAUCACCAAAUCCUCCACCUGCACCUUCUUCCCCUGCUGGGCCACCUCAGCCAGCAGCAGUCAGUCUGCCUGGAGGUUUUGGUGGUUGGACCAUCCUGGGAGUAGGCCCUCCAGUAACUGAGCAGCAAGUUCCCCCAAUAGCUGCUCCCUACACCAUGGUGCCAGCUCACCUAAGCACUCAGCCAGGGACUGUUAGCCAGGGACAGAACCUGCUGAAUCAGUGGCCUGCAAACGGCGUCCUCACAGCAGCCGCUGUUCCUCCUGCUGUUACUUCAGACCCAUGUUCCCGUGUCCUCCAGAUUCCUGAUUCCAUGACCCAGUACCUGCAUCCUAUUGGAGUACUAAACGGUGUGUUGGUGUGUGAUUGUGCUGCUCCUCCAAUCAACACACCCUCUCCAAAUGGAAGUCGCUGCAAAGGCCCAAAGGCAAAAUACUACGAGCAGGCAGAGGAGGAAAGGAUGCUCCACGCCCAACAACAUCCGCAGUGGUCCAGCAAAGAUAACUAUGGAAAAAAGAGGAGGAGAAUCCGAAGGUCCGCCUGCAGCACAGCAUCUGCACCGACACCUGUGCAGGAGGUUCAACAGGCCAGUGUGCCUGUGUGUGGCACGCUCCACGUGCCGCAAGAAAAUCAGACCCUCCCUGCUUCUCAGGCUUCCUCCCCGCCACAGCAGCUCAGGAGUCCUUCCUUCAUCACCGAGACUCCUGCAAUGGGUUUGAGCUCAGCCCCUUCAUCUACAUCAUCGGCUGCCUUUGCUGAACCCAUUGAACCUGAAA